UCCCAUCCCUGUCUCUGUUUGUUUAAACGCCAGGUGUGGGGAGCGCUUUGGGAUCAGACUCCUAACCAUGUUUUUCCUGACUCCAGUCUUGGUAGCGGUUCUCUGCAUUUUGGUUGUGUGGAUCUUUAAAAAUGCUGACAGAAACAUCCAGAGGAAGACGGGGGAGCCUGGAGCCAGGACCGAGUCUCGACCCUGGGUGGAUGAAGACUUAAGGGACAGCACUGAGCUCCACCAGGCAGCGGAAGAUGCUGAUGAGUGGCAAGAAUCAGAGGAGAAUGUUGAACACAUUCCAUUCUCCCACGCCCGCUAUCCUGAGAAAGAAAUGACUAAGAGAUCCCAGGAAUUUUAUGAACUUCUCAGUAAGAGACGGUCAGUCCGGUUCAUCAGUAACGAGCAGAUCCCAAUGGAAGUCAUUGAUAAUGUCAUCAAGGCAGCAGGAACAGCCCCAAGUGGGGCCCACACAGAGCCUUGGACCUUCGUGGUUGUGAAGGACCCAGACAUGAAACAUGAGAUUCGCAAGAUCAUAGAGGAGGAAGAAGAAAUAAACUAUAUGAAGAGAAUGGGGCACCGAUGGGUUACAGACCUGAAGAAACUGAGAACCAACUGGAUUAAAGAAUACUUGGACACCGCCCCUGUUUUGAUUCUCAUUUUCAAACAAGUACAUGGUUUUGCUGCAAAUGGCAAGAAAAAGGUCCAUUACUACAAUGAGAUCAGUGUUUCCAUCGCUUGUGGCAUCCUGUUGGCCGCCCUGCAGAAUGCGGGACUGGUGACUGUCACUACCACGCCUCUCAACUGUGGCCCUCGUCUGAGAGUGCUCCUGGGCCGCCCUGCACAUGAAAAACUGCUGAUGCUGCUCCCCGUGGGGUACCCCAGCAAAGAUGCCACGGUGCCCGACCUCAAACGGAAACCUCUGGACCAGAUCAUGGUGACAGUGUAGGAGCCUUCAGGGAGCUGUGUGAGGACGGUAUCCAGGCUCCUCCCAGCGGCUCUGCCUGCCCCUCUCGGGUCUCCUGGCGGCUCUCUCUAGGUGUGGGGCCCCCCAGCCCCCGCCCCCCACUUCACAGGAUGUCCACCAUACCUGUCAAAUCGGAUAAGUCCUGUUUCUUUCUUACCCACUUUGGAAAUGCAUUAAUGCUUCACAAAGAACAUGCCCGGUCUUAAAAAUCAUUCUAGAAAAUCACUGCUGACUUUUUUCUUUUAUUUUUUAAAAACUCAUAUCGAGGAAGGAGUCAUCAGAAAAUGUAAUGUAGCCCCAAGAGUUCAGCUAUGUGAGGACUCUUGAAUUUAAAUUCGGACUAACCAAAUGGCCUCCUGCCCCCUGAUUUCUGGCAGCUUCUAGAGAAAGGGUAUGCUUUUGAGAUACAAUUUUUAACUGAACUUCAGGGAUAUUUUGCCAGUUUCGAAUAAGUAACCAUCAAAGUAACUAAAACGUCACCCUCACAGCCCAGGACAGGGCGUGCUCGGUGGCAGGGGUCCGGCUGGCGUCAUCUGAGCGUUUGAGCGCGCGGUUGCACUGUCCAGUGCUGUGUUGGAGCUGCCGGGUAGUUCCUGGAAGCUGUUAAAUAUUUGAGAAUUUUGCAAGCCAGUUAGUUUAAGUAUUAAACAUUUAUAGCCUGAAAUUGCACGUGGUGGGUGAGCUUACACCACAGCAGCCGGAAAACAUUACAACUAGGGCUCGCUUCCUUUUUCUUAACCACUUUGGUACGAGCGUCGACUACAGUCGACAGCCACAGACGAACGCGCACAGCGACUGUAGCCGACA